UUGAAGGGGAACAUGGCAGCUGGCGUCAGCGCUAAACAUGGGUUAUUAAGCAGCAAAACGUCGCUGUACCACACUCUCCACAGGAAGAUAUCACCCAACAGUGUGUGUGUACAGAGAGCGGCUGAAAUACGGAGUGUGAGGUCGGCAACGAGCGCGACGCCGGACUCACAACACAAUGAGAAGUACUGUCUGGAGCUGGUCAGGUCCAGAGACUAUGACGGCUUUGUGUCCUCUCUCCUCCUCCCAGAGGAGGUGCGGCGUUCCUCUUUGGCUCUGAGAGCCUUUAAUGUGGAGCUGGCACAGGUGAAGGACUCAGUUUCCCAGAAGACCAUUGGUCUGAUGCGGAUGGAGUUCUGGAAGACAGCCAUAGAGGAAAUCUACAGAGAUGAGCCUCCGAACCAGCCGGUCACUAACGAGCUGUGGAGGGCGGUGAGGAAACACUACUUGACAAAGAGGUGGCUGCUGAAGAUCAUCACUGAGAGAGAAAAGGAUAUGGAUGACAGAGCCUACAGGAACCUCCAGGACCUGGAGACGUAUUCAGAGAACACACAGUCGUCCUUGAUAUACUUGAUGCUGGAGUGUUUAGGUUUGAAAAACGUGCACGCCGACCACGCAGCCAGUCACAUCGGCAAAGCUCAGGGAAUCGUCACGUGUCUGCGAGCGACUCCGUAUCACAGCAGCCGACGGAAAGUCUACCUGCCCAUGGACAUCUGCAUGCUGCACGGAGCGUCUCAGGAGGACUUUAUCCGCGGCAGCCGGGAGCAGAACGUCCGGGACGUCGUGUACGACAUCGCCAGUCAGGCUCACGUACAUUUACAGCACGCUCGAUCUUUUAGCAGCAACGUUCCACCAGCUGCCACGCCGGCCUUCCUGCAGACGGUGGUGUUGGAGGACUACCUGCAGAGAGUGAGGAAGGCAGAUUUCGAUGUUUUCCACCCCAGUCUGAAGAACAGAAACCCCCUGAUCCCCAUCCAGCUGUACCUCCGCUCCUGGAAGAAGACAUACUGACAUGAAACCCUCACCCCAACCCAC